AUGGAUACAACGGCCAACAUCGGCGGUUGUAGACCCUUAAAGUUCAAUAUCUCCUCUAAUGGAUUGUGGGAGAACCUAGAAUCGCCAGAUGUGGUUUUCGGCUACUCACUGCCUCUCUUAGAGAUUCAAAUAUUACUCAUUUUCAUCUUCAUCGUCAUAUCUCACAUGUUCUUCAGAUGCAUCGGCAUUUCUCAGAUAGCGUCCCAUUUCUUGGCCGGUCUGAUUUUGGGGCCUCAACUGUUCAAUCUUUUGGAGAAAUCAUCAGAGAAAUUAUCGUUGGAUCCUGCGCUAGAUGGAAGCGCGGCGUUACGAGGCAUCUCAAUGUGUGGAAACGUUAUUUUUACAUUCUUGAUGUCCGUUAGAAUCAGCCGUCGAUUAGCAUUCAACAAAGGACCGUUGCCCAUCGUGAUUGGAAUCUUGACCUUCAUCGUUCCUUUGUUCGGCGGCUUAUGUUUCCGGAACCUCUACACGGACAAUGUAAACCCUAACUACAUGCCGUCCAAGAAAGUCCUCGUCGAGCGCACUAUAGUCAUCUCGAGCCAAUCCGCGGUUCUCUUGCCCACCGUCACUUAUUUCCUAUCGGAGCUCAAGAUCCUUAACUCCGAGCUUGGUCGCCUAGUGUUGUCUGCAUCAAUGAACAAUGAAGUUCUAGGGAUACUUUUUAACAUGAUCGUAUAUUUCGUGGAUACGUACAAGAGCAUCUCCCCCAUAACAGCCUAUCGUGACAUUUUAGCGUCCAUCUUCUUCUUUCUCAUCGUAUUUUUCGUUUUUAGGCCAGCCGUAGAUUGGGUAGUAGAACGAACACCGGAAGGCAAACCUGUUGCGGACAAGUAUGUGCAUCUUGUCAUUUUGAGCGCAUUGGCUUCAUCUGCUUUCUCCGAGUUUUUCAAUAUGAAGUACCUCUUGGGGCCAUUCACGAUGGGCCUCAUCAUACCAGAUGGUCCACCUUUAGGAUCCGCCUUGGAAGCCAAGUAUUAUGACCUAACAGUGAACCUGCUAGUACCAAUCUCUAUCGCACUCAGCACGAUGAGAUGUGACGUGGUGAAGCUCAUCUACGAGUUUGAUGACAUCAUGUUUAACGUGGUCUUAUUGGUUCUAACGCUCGCUGUGAAACUAGCCACUGGCAUCGUACAUUGCUUGUGCUGCAAGUUACCACUCAACGAGGCUCUUGCCGUUUCCAUCUUCUUAUGUUGCAAGAGUUUCUCGGAACUCUUUCUCUACGAAUCUGCACUUGACGACUCGCAUAUAUCACAGGCAACGUAUUCGUUCUUGGUCCUUUAUGCGCUGUUAAAUUCUGGAAUUGUCCCAGCGGUUGUGCCAAGAUUAUACGAUCCAAAGCAGAAGUAUGUUGGUUACCAAAAAAGGAACAUCUUGAGUCUGAAACCAGACUUAGAUCUCCGGAUUCUGACUUGUCUUCACAAACCUGAGAACAUCUCUGGAACCAUUGCGUUCCUCCAAGUACUGUCCUCACCGAACCAAGAACUUCCCAUCGUGGUCACGGUCCUCCAUCUCGUAAAGCUCGUGGGUAAAGUCGUCCCUGUCAUGAUCUCACACAACAAAAGUUCAAAUCGGUUAAUUAACAACUCUUACAUCCACACCGCAAACCUUGCCUUCAGCCAGUUGGAGUCGGUGACCAUGACCAUGUUCACUUCCCUCACACAUGAGAACCUCAUGCACGAUGAAGUCUGCACGCUCGCACUGGAUCAGGCCACGUCGAUGAUUAUCGUCCCGUCGGGGAGAAAGUGGACAAUAAAUGGAGAGUUUGAAUCUGACGACGAGGCCAUAAGGCAUCUCAACGUGUCCUUACUGGAGGACGCACCUUGUUCUAUUGGGGUACUAGUGGACCGUGGACACUUCUCAUGCAGAAGCUCGAGAAAAUACAAGAUCGAUGUCGGUGUGAUCUUCAUUGGAGGCAACGACGAUAGAGAGGCAAUCUCGGUUGUGAAGAGGAUGAAGCUAAACCCUAGGGUCAAUGUAACUGUGAUCCGACUCGUUUCUAGCCAAGAAAUAGAGUCGACAGAUUGGGAACAAAUUCUUGAUUACGAGGUCUUGGAGGAUUUGAAAGAUACAGAGUCCAGAAACUGCAUUACAUAUAUAGAGAGGAAUGUAACGACUGGUCCUGACGUAGCCACCGCUGUCCGAUUGCUCUGUGGGGAUUAUGAUCUGAUGGUGGUCGGGAGAGAUCACGGCAUGGCAACACCGGACUUCUCUGGACUCACGGAGUGGAUCGAACUCUCUGAGUUAGGUGUCAUCGGAGAUUUGCUGGCAUCUAGAGAUCUCAAUUCUAGGGCCUCUGUUUUGGUAGUUCAACAACAACAACAAACGUGA